AUGUUUCUACGGCUCGGCUUGCUCCUGAGCCUAUGUUCUUCCAUCUACGCAAAUGUCGUCUCACUCGACAGCGCAAACGUUGAUACAGUGCUUAAGUCGAACGACGUCGUGUUUGUGAAUUUCUAUGCCGAAUGGUGUCGGUUUUCGCAAAUGUUGAAGCCGAUUUACAAUGAGGCCGCCGAGAAAUUCAAGGACUACCCCGCCGGCAAGGUUGUUUGGGCAUCGGUGGAUGCAGACCAACAAUCGGAAAUCGCCACCCGCUUCAGCGUCAAUAAGUACCCGACUCUCAAACUCUUCCGUAAGGGCGAGCUGGUCAAGAAGGAGUUUCGCGGACAACGUAGUGUCGAAGCCCUGACAGCGUUCAUCCAGAAGCAGUUUGACACCGGUAUCGUCGUGCUCAGCUCUGCGGAAGAGUUGAAUACCAAAUUGCAGGCCGGCAAGCGCAACGUCGUUGGCUUCUUCCCCCAGACUGGAGGAGUCGAAUUCGAGACUUUCAGCAUGGCUGCUUCUGUCCUCCGUGAGGAUUGCAUCUUCCAUCAAGCCACGGGCGCCCUUUUCCAAGCCGAUCUCCAGCACGGCUCAAAGAUCACCUUCCAGGGUCCCGAGGAUCAAGCUCCGCAAGUCUACGAGGGUGGGCUGGGAGAUUUCGAUCAGUUGAAAAAGUGGCUGGCAGAGAGAUGUGUUCCAUUGGUCCGGGAGAUCACUUUUGAAAAUGCUGAGGAGCUUACGGAAGAGAAUCUGCCUUUCCUUAUCCUUUUCCGGCACCCCGAUGACAAGCACAGCGAACAACUCUACAAGGACGCUGUCAUCCGGGAAAUUCCGGACCAAAAAGUACCGCUGGAAAACUACGACAAUUUG